AUGGACCCGACAGCCGGAAGGGGCUCUGCCAACGCGAGCCGCCCGGCCGCCAUCCUUGUCUUUGCGCCGCACAAGACCGGGUCGACCUUCCUCGUGGCUCUGCUGCACGACCUCGCCGACGCGCUCGGGCUCUGCUUCUACUCGGACAACGCCGCCUUUCUAUACCGGCCAAAGGACCGGCGCAAGUGCGCCGCGCCUAGCUGUGGCCACCUCGAGAUGCAGCAGCGGCUCUACGGGCGGGGAGACAGAGGCUGGGGCGAGUGCACCACCUUUGUGAGCGCGAGGCUUGCGGCGGCCUCCUCCUGCGCGAGCCGGCCUCGCUGCUCGGCGCCGCGAGGGUUGGUGUGGGGCCCCCUCCGGCUGCCGGGCGAGAUGCGCACCGCCAUGGGCCUCCUGCGCGGGGACGGCCCGUGGCGAUGGUACGUUCUCCUCCACCAGCGCCACCCACUCGACGCCCUCGUCUCCGCCUACCACUCCUUUGGCUGGAGCCACCCGGCGGCGCCCGAGGCGAGCAGUGCGCAGAGACGGCGGCACACGGCGAGGCAGGCGGCGGUGCGCAACCAGAGCGUGGACGAGUACGUGCUGGCCAACGCGCCGCUGAUGCGUGCCAAGUAUGCAGCCUAUGCCGAGCUGCUCGCCGCUCCGCGCGGCACUCUGCUGCUCCGGUCGCGGUACGAGGACAUGGUUGCAUUCUUCUCGCAGUGGCUUGCGCAGCUGCUCGCGCCGCUCGAGGCGAGCUUCUCCGCCGGCGCCCGCGCCGCGCUGCUCGAGCGGCUGCGCCGGCGUCACCGCGGUGCCUUCGCGCCCAGCGGAGGACACAAGCGUUCGGUGGCGCCCGGGGCGUUUGUGCGGGAGCUGCGACCAGCCACCAUCGCGGCGGCGAUGGAGCAGAACGGGGACUGGUUUGCGCCGCUCGGGUACGUCUAG